AUGAGAAUGGAAGUAUUCCUUGAUGGCAACGGUUGGUUGAAACUUGAUAAAUUGAUCGAGGUCAACUUUAGUAAUUGCAAAAAUUGUGAAGAAAUUCCCAUGUUUGGCCACCUGCCACUCCUCAAAUAUCUUACCUUAGACGGUUUGACUAACGUAAGAUCCAUAUGUCCUUCAUUCUAUGGUGGCCAAGAGACAAGAGUAAUGUUCCCAGCACUUAAAAGACUCAUUCCAAAGAACAUGCCUAACUUAACAGAGUGGGCGGAAGCUGAGGUGAUGCCAGUGGCAGAAAAACGAACAUGCAGAGAGCAGGUCGCCAAGGAUGCCAGGGAAUUGCUCCCAUACAAGAUUGAUGAUUCUGCAAUGUCCCUGUGGCAUGACAAUUUGAAGCUUCACUGUCCGACCCUUGGAGAAAAGGGCUGCAGAUAUUACAAUAAGCUAUGUUGA